GACAACAAAUACUGUAUCAUCGCUGUUACAAUAUCUGGUUAUUAUCGCUAGAAAGGGUUCAUUUUAAUACACAGCAGGUUUAAAAAAUAAAAGUCAACAUCAUGUGACUUGUUGACUGUUGAUUUUCCAGCACUGAUGCUGACCACACCCACAGCUGUCAGUGAGCCGGGCUGGAUCAAGACACGCUCUCAGAUUCAUACCACCACAUGUUUGGUCAAAUCAGUGGAAAAGCCUGGAAGCAGAACACGGACCAAACCAAGCAGGUCACCAAGACCAAGAUGAAUCCUGAUCCUAGAGCCACAGAGCUAGUGGACAUCUCUGUGGUCGCUCCACAGGACCCCACCAGUCACCAACCAACAGACCAUGUCAAUGAUCAGGAGCUGGGCACAGAGGUUGUGGUCUGGGUUCCCUUUGGACGUCGUCUGAUCUCCAGUCUGCUGGGGAUGAAUCUAGUUCUGCUGGGAGCGGCUCUGGUAUCUGCACAGAUUUUUAACGCCGAGGGUCUGAAGCACCAGGAACCACAGGUCUUCAUGCUGCUUUUGAUGGUGGUCGGCCUGAUCUGGAUGCUGUGGUUCCUGCUAUGGACCAGGAAACAGAAUAAAACCAGUCUGCACUGGGACCACCACGCUGGAGGAACCACAGUCAUCGUGGUUCUGGUCCUUUUCACUGCCUUCAGUGUGGUGCUGUACGUCUGCAGGUUGGGUUAUUUGAUCAGUGUGAGGGCGUGUCAGCCGGCUGCUAAAGUCCUGCGUACGUUCACAGAGGCUCCAUUUCUGCUGCUGCAGACAUAUUCACUGUGGUCUCACUCCAAAGACUGCAUCCACAGACACAAGGUCCUCACCAGGUCUGGCCUGAUGGUGGUGCUGUCUGCCGACCUGCUGCUGUGGCUUGACGCGGUCACUGAGGACACGAUACACCAGGAGAUAGAGUUGGAGAAGGAGGGUGGACUCAGGUUUGGCCCCAGCAGUGCUACUGGAGAAGGUUCUGAGACAUCUGGAAACUCUACCUUGUGUCGGUGUAGCUCCAGCGCCACCUGCCUCUCCUUCAGGAAGGCCUUCGAGCUCCUGUACCCCUUCAACAUGGAGUACUACCUGAUGGCAGGCUGCAUGAUCUACGUCAUGUGGAAGAACGUGGGCCGCAGAACCGGUCCAAACCAGCAUGUAGUGCAGAAGUUGACCUUCCGUAUUUUCCAUCGUUGUGGACUGACCUUUGGUUUGGUGUUUGGCCUCUUGGUCCUCCUGGCUGGACUGACGGUCUUUGUUUUCUACCACGUCCGGGUGAGUCAGCAGACGUUCCGCGCCCAGGCCUUCCUGGUGUUCUACAGCUACCACUUGGCCGUCCUGCCAGUCAUGAUUCUCUGCUUGCUGUUUGGGAUGGUGGUCCACAGGCUGGAGAGGCGACAACACGAUUGUGGCCACAACCCGACCCGCAGCUUGGAUGUGGUUCUCCUUAUGGGAGCUGCUCUGGGCCAGGUUGCUCUUUCAUACUUCUCUGUGGUGGCAGCCCUGGCCGUGGGGACCAGUGGGCUCCUAGGGAACCUGGACCUGUCCUACUCUAUCCUCAGCCUACUGGAGCUGAUCCUCCAGAACAUCUUCAUCAUCCAAGGUCUUCACAGGCACCAGAACCAGAAGAAAAAGAAUAUCACCAGUAUAUUGAAGAAAACGAAGAAAACGUCACCAACACAUAAUAAUACAUUGCUUGAAGAAAACACGUCAGCAGCACCCCCUACUGGAGAAAAGCGUAAUGAGCCAAAGACCUGGCACACAAGAAUGAUCCAAGAAAUCUGUGCUUUCCUGAUUUUUUCCAACAUUAUGCUGUGGAUCAUCCCUGCCUUUGGAGCUCACCCUCAGCUGGAGAACGGAGUGGGGAAACAGUUCUUUGGGUUCGGUACCUGGUUCGUCCUGGUGAACCUGGGUCAGCCGCUGACUGUUUUCUACAGGAUGCACUCAGUUGCAGCUUUAAUGGAGCUCCUGGUCUCAGCCUGACCCACCCUGGGCCACAGCUAACGAACAAACGAGCGGCCCACACUGAGUGACCCGCAUGCUGAGGUCAAGGGUCAC